CCAGAGCAACCGUUGUUUUCCACUUUCACGCUCGUCUCUAUAUCCUCUAUAUCAUCCCAUCCUCCAUCCUCAGCUUCUGCACUACUAGUACUGUUCGUUCUUACAGUCUACCAGCAGAACACUCUUUGGUUUCAAUUUUGUCGCAUUGACCUUCUUUUAACGCCUCUCGUUGUCUCAGAACCUGGCCAGGUUUUAUAUGCGGCUGGCUCGCUAUACGUUCAUUCACAAUAUCCACCGAAUCACACCUCGUCCUUCUUAUUGUCUGACUUGCUCACCGUUCCGCUUUAUUUCACAACAUAAUGAGCGCUGGACCAGCAUGGAAACGAGAAAUCGUUCCAGAUCAUAAGUUCGACUUCAUCGACACCCGAGAGUUUACCGAUAAUGGGUUCCUCAUGCGCCUAAAAUAUCUAUGGCUUUAUAUCAUUAUCCUCAAAUCAUUUCUUGUCUAUCUUUCCGAUAUCUUCACCGCUACGACCAUGUUAACAACUUCAACAUGGUCCAAUCAAAUCUUUGACGACUGUCAGCAUCAAGAUGGUUGCUUCUAUAUCCCCUUUAAUGUCGGGAAGUGGCUGUUCGUAGGAUGUAUUAUUUUUGGCUUCCUCCUGCUGGCGUACGAAGCCCGGAAAUCGAAGAAGAUCAUCGCCAGUCGUGAUAUCUCGUACGCUUUCACGAACGUGAUGGCUAACCAUUAUUACUCCCUUCGCUCGUAUGAUCACUUCUGCUUCUUCGACCAUAUCAGCAAUUCGACAAAGAAGAAAGACGACUUUGCAUUCUUCAUCUUCUUCACGUUCAAGAGUUGGAAGCGUCUGCUACUAUCUGAUGGGCCAAGACAAACGAUCAACGCUUUGACACUCUAUAGUAUUUAUCUGGCGAAGAACAACAAGGGAUCUUGGUACGACGUCAGCAAGUACUUCGCAGGAAACAGUCUGUCAACCUCUGCCCUCACUGUCUCCACGUUCUUCACCUUCGUCAUCUUCGCUGGCUCGCUUUUACUAUUGAUUUUCGCUGGCAUAUUCUAUAUUCCUCUGUUGUGCUACAUUCAAGGAAACCUCAAGGAGUAUGUAUGCCACAAGGUUGACAAGCGAAUCGCAGAGGUCAUCAAGCGUAGAAAUAAGGAGCGGCUUGCAAGGGCUGCUGCGCUAGCGAAGAAGGAGGCUAUGGGCGACUUCUCCCACUUGAAAAACAAGAAGGGCGAGAUGGUUGGCAAACCUUUGCCACAGCCGACUCUUCCCAACCUCUCAGUAGAUGACGAUGACGACGAUGCUACAUCUAUCUCCAAGCGCGGGCCAGGUGGUGCCUACAACCAGGAUUACUACUUUGACCAGAAGAGCAUAGCGCCGAGUUAUCACACAAAUCCCGCUGGUGCCGACUAUACUGAAUAUCCUCCAAUGCCGGCUUACAACACUGGGUAUUCACACCAGGCUGCAGGCACGUUCAACCAAUAUAAUCCGUCUUUGGGCAGCUUCGAGCCACAGCACCAUACCUACGAUGAUGAUCACGCCAGCACAGCUCAUCUUCAGGAAGGUGCUACUCUGGCUUAUCAAAAUAAUGAUCCAGGACCAUAUGAUCCAUAUGGAAGCUCGGGGGUGCCAGGGCAAUAUGUUGCAGACGCACAUGAUGUGUACCAAGGGAGGGCAGCUGCAGGAGCACGUUCGGCAUAUAAUGGUGCGAGUGGGCUGGCUUACGAUGUGCAGGACUAUCCUAGCCAGCAGUAUACGCACGCACAUAAUCACGACUACGCAGCAAAUGGGGAUGGUUACCACUAUCAGGGGUAUGCUACACACGGCUCACACGAGUACGGACAUGCUAUGUAGUAGUUACACAGUGCCCUAGCCAUUUUGCUUUUGUCUUCAUAACUUCUUAUUUGUUUUAUCUACAAUUUUAGUUGAAGAGGGACUUGUAACACCAACCAAGAACGGGAUUUACCCACAAAAUUUGGUUCAAUCUCGCAGCCGUACUUGCACAAUAAGAAGUUCCUUCUAUUGGUAGAUCUGCGGCCGGGUGUGCGUCCGCGUACCAGUACUAGCGGA